UGUGGCUAGACGUUUUUUUCCUUUCGUCGGCUGUCAGUAAAAGGAAGAUCUUUUCCGUUUAAUUUCUGAUUUUUUUUGAAGAUUUUCAAGCAUGGGAGAUGACAAAAAGAAAAAAGAGGAAAAGGAAGAUCCGUGUGCCGCGUUCGUGGGAAGCUAUGUGCUCAAGACUAUGCGGCUGAAGGACGAGAAAUGGCAGAAACUGAUGGGGAACGAAGAGUUCAAGGUGAUCGUGAUGGAAUGGGUUAAACGGGCCAACGUCCGGCGGCUAAUCGUCACGCUAAAUAAUGCCGGAGCACUCAUUCCGACGCACUUUUUCCCCACCGCCGGCAAGGGCAAGCGAUGCUUCUUCGUGAAGGUGAAGGAGACGGUGCUAGACAUUGACAACAUCCGGGAGCAAAUCAUGUACGGCGACCUGUCGGCGAACCCGAUCGAUGACCUUGCGGUGAUAGUGGACGAGAUAUUUUACCCGAUAAUUAGCAACCCGCGGAACCAGGAAGGCUGGCCGGACGUAAUCAAGAAGGACGUCGACAGUCACUUUCAGGAUCUGCGGAACAUCAUAACGGAGGUAAAAGGAAACAUAAUUAAUCAGACACUGCUGCCUAUGCCCAUAUCUAUUGGGGAGGUGGAGAGCGUGGGACAACAAAUUUCCGAAGGCAACAUCGAUGGCUGCACGCUCAAGAUGAAAAAUUCUCUCGAAGGCAUCGUCAUUAAGUGGGCCUAUCAAAUCAAUGACGUCCUCAAGGAGGACUCCACCACCAUAUUCAAGGAUGGGCAUCACCCCUCACCACUGGAGGAGAUUUCCUUCUGGGAUGCCCGUCAAAGCAAUCUGCGCAACAUCUACUCUCAGCUGCUGGAGCCCAGAGUGCACCAGAUUGGGGUCAUCUUGGAGGGAAUCGAUUCCGUGUACUAUUCCUCCUUCAAGUCCACCUUUCAAAGCGUGGUUCAGGCUGUCCACGAGGCGGAUGAUGUCACGCUGUUCCUUAUGCCACUGAAAAAACACUUCGAAACCUUCGAGAGUACGGAGUUCACGGACGCGAUGGAACUGAUCGCCCCAAUGCUACACUGCGUCUGCCUCUUGUGGGCCCAUUCGUUCUACUACGGAAGCAACGCACGCAUAAUGAUACUUUUCAAAAUGAUAAGCAACAUGAUGAUCACCGAGGCAAGCAAAUGCUUGGAUCCGGGAUCAUUGUUCCAAGGGGAGCCGGAUGAGUGUUUGUUAAAAAUCAACACCGUCAUCGACAAUAUAGUCUAUUACAAGGAACAAUUCCACGACUUCCGAGGUCAACUGGACAACUUCCGACAGUUAGGCUCUCAACCGACCAACUGGACCUUCAGACCGCAGGCCAUCUUCGACCGGUUGGACCUUUACCUGGCCCGGCUAGACCAUGUGAAGGACAUUUUUUACACGGCGACAGAGUUUCGCAAGUUAGAAAAGGUCGAAAUUGGGGGUCUACGUGGCCGGGGCAUAAGCCGAAAAAUCCAGGAAGUGUUCGAAGACUUCAACAAACUGUACCUUCGCUGGGGCUCGAUCCAGUACGACCCUCUGGAUCCGGAUCCGGCUGAGAAGAGCUUCGAACGUGACCGGGCUAGGUAUCAGCAGAAAACUGACGUUCUGGAGAGGAAGCUAGCGGCCCAAUUUGUGUUGGCCUUCGAUGAGUGCUACAAUGUGGAGCAGCUGAUGAAGUUGGUUCAAAUCAUGGGCACGCUGAUCAGUAGAUCGCUGAUUCUGCCCGAUAUACAUCGGAAAAUUAGCAAUAUUGUGCAUCUGUACAACAACGACCUGAACAUUGUGAAGAAAAUAUUCGACGAGGGACGCGCGGCAUAUGAGAAACAUGGUUUGGAAGGGAUGCCCAUCGAUACGGGAUUUCCUCCGGUGGCAGGAGCAAUAUUGUGGGUCCACAAGCUGCGUGAUCGCAUUUCGAAGCCCAUCAAUGAUCUUAGCAUGGUGGAGUACCCACUCUUCAAAAACGAGAACGACGAAAUUGUUAUGAAAAACUACCACGAGAUGAUGAAAUAUCUGGACACCUUCGAGGCUACGCUGUUCAAGGAGUGGUCUUCGGGUGUUUCGAAAAAAAUAUCAACCCACAUGGGUAAAGCCCUUUUAAUCCGAAACGACAAGCAGCUUUUGGAGAUGAAUUUCAACCAAACGUUGGUGAUGAUCUUGCUCGAGAUUCGCUACAUGAAGCGGAUGGGACUAUCGAACAUUCCGGACAAGGCGUUGAAUUUUUCCGAUUUGGAGGAAGCCCUCUGGCAAGCCCGACUGAAGCUGAUGAGGAUCGUCGAGUGGUACAACGAGAUAGUGGAGACCAGCGUGCCUUGUGAGCGAGAGCUCAUCCAGAAGGAGGUAGCCCAAGUUGACAAAAUAAUCGAGAUGGCAUGCUCUGGUAGAAUCGAUUGGAACAAUUACGAUCCCGUGUACAUCGAUGAGUUCUACGAUAGGUUGAAAAAUUUGCACACCAGAGUAUUGAAGGCCCAGAACAAUAUAAAGAAAAUCGUAGACAGUAUUCGCAGUUGGGGACAGGUUCCACUGUACCAACGUAAGGAUGGAGGUUCCACGGGUUUGCUAGACAUCGACGAUCGCUCGGGAAAGGUGCAACGUCGGUUGGAGGGUUGCUUCGACACGAAGAAGAAGAUCGACAUCGCAAUGGAGCAAAACUUCCGAUAUUUUUUCAACUUGUUCGUGGAAUCUCAAGAAUUGAUCUCCAGUAUGUCGAUAAAGAAGGAAGAAACACGCGAAUCGCUUCCUCAGGUGGGUCGAUCGCUAGAAGAGAGACUAGAGGAUGGAGGUGAAUCCUCUCAAGCCACUGAGGACACUGAAGAGAAGGUUCCCUCUCUGGAGCAAGUACUCGAGUUUGUACGCACUCCCUCACAGCUAGCGCUGUAUCGUCCCUACCAAGAAUACGUUGAUUCAAUAGUGUCCAGCGAGAUUCUGGAUUCGAUUCGUACAAGCGUUCGCUAUAUUAAGUUUGAGAUGGAAAAUCGUUUGGAUCAUAAUGCUCCAAUUUUUGAAAUCAAGUAUGAGCUGCACCCGCCGAGAACGCGAUUCGUCCCAACGCUUGAUGCAUUCGAUUCCAAUGGAUUUCUCGCACUGGUCGAAGGACUGCUGACCGACAUCUACUGCAUGUGUACCAUCCCAAGGGUAGCCCAACCUCCAGACAACGAUCCAAGGGAUGAAUAUGGGGAAAUCAUUCUGGCAACUUAUCUUGAUCACCUCGAGAGCCAGCAGGAGAUCGAACACAUGAAGGACAGCAUCAUCAAUCGGGUGAUCGAGACGAUCCGCGAAGCAGAAGAGUACAUCCAACGCUUUGACGACUACAACUAUCUCUGGCUGGAUGAUAGGCACAGCGUCCUGGAACAGUUCCUGAAAUACGGUCGACCGCUAACUCCGGACGAGAUGGAGAUGCUUCUCUCUGCAGAAACUCCAUUGCGUGAGGUUGCCCCUUCGCUCGAUCAAUUCAAGGUUCAAAUCGACAGCUACUACGAUCUGUACGACCAGAUUUUUGUGAACAUGGACAUCGCCAAGACGUUCGACGUUUGGCUAUCGAUCGAUUUGCGGCACUUCAAGACGGUGCUACUGCUCGAGAUUAGCAAGUGGUCGAAUCUGUUCAAGAAACACCUGAUCGAUCGGGUGGUAGACAGCCUGAAUGAACUGCAAGAGUUCGCGAACGAGUGCGAUGAAAUAUUCAUUCUCGAAGCGGCCGAAGAAGACUUCCCCACGCUGUUGAAGAUUCUUUCCGCACUGAACAAACUGAAAGAGCGGGAGAACAUGUAUGACAACAUGUUUGAACCACUGAAAGCAACCGUUGAUCUCCUCAAGGGUUACAAUGUUGAGUUCGAUGAAAUCGUCUACAAGCAGUUUGCCGAACUGCCGGAGCGGUGGCUGCACAUCAAAAAAACAGCUACGAAAGUGCGCGAGAAGAUUGCUCCAGCUCAAGCCUACCAGGUGGACCUGAUCCGUAAACGAAUCACAUUGUUCGACAUCCGUUCCAAGUUGUACAGGGAGGGUUUCAAGAAGCUGGCCUUCUUCAAGGUUCCCUGUGAAAACGUGUACCAGAUGUGCAAUCAGGUCAACCUGGAGCUGAACAUUAUGGAGACGCAGAUGAAGAAUCUGUGCGACUCGGCGGCACUAUUCGAGCUGAACCCACCGGACGAUAACAAGCUUCGGUUGUGCCGGAAGGAGAUCCGCAUGGUCAAGCAGAUUUGGGACUUUGUGUAUGCGGUCGAGUCGUGUGUGAACGACUGGAAGAAAACACCGUGGAAGAAGAUCGACGUCGAGGCGAUGGAGAUGGAAUGCAAGAACUACGGCAAGCAGAUCCGCCAGCUGGACAAGGAUAUGCGCACGUGGAAUCCUUACGUGCACGUGGAGGCCGUGCUAAAAAAUCUGCUGACGUCGCUUCGUGCGAUCACCGAACUGCAGAAUCCGGCGAUUCGCGAGCGGCACUGGAUCGAGCUGAUGCAGGCUACCAAGCUGUUGAAAACUUAUGGAAGGGAAAUGUUGGUGCGCUUCCGGAUGGACGACUCGACGACCCUGGCCGACUUGCUGGAGCUGAACCUGCACAACUACGAGGAGGAGGUGAAAACAAUCGUGGACAAAUCGGUCAAGGAGAUGGGCAUGGAGAAGGUCCUGCGGGAUUUGGAGGUGGCAUGGAGGGAUCUGGCGUUCGAGGACGAGCAACACGAGCGCACCGGACUGCGACUGAUAAAAGUUUCCGAGGAGGUUAUCGAAAUGUUGGAGGAGAACCAGGUGCAACUGCAGAAUCUGAUGUCAUCCAAAUAUAUUGCCUUUUUCUUGGCGGAAGUUUCCAAGUGGCAACUGGCGCUAUCGAACGCGGACCAGGUGAUAACGGCAUGGUUUGAAGUGCAACGGAAGUGGAUGUAUCUGGAGAGUAUUUUCAUCGGCUCGGAAGAUAUCCGAAGUCAGCUCCCGGAGGACUCGAAGCGGUUCGAUGGGAUCGAUCGGGAGUUUAAGAAACUACUGGAAGAGAUUGUGGCGAAUCCGAAUAUAGUGAAGGCCACCAACAAGCAGGGGCUGUACGAGAAACUGGAAACACUGCUGACGGAGCUGGUGCUCUGUGAGAAGGCGCUGAACGAUUAUUUGGAAACGAAGCGGUUGGCUUACCCAAGGUUCUACUUCGUGUCAUCCGCCGAUUUGUUGGAUAUUCUCAGCAAUGGCAACCAGCCGGAACUGGUGGCAAAACAUUUGACGAAAUUAUACGAUUCCCUCGCUAAAUUGGUGUUUUCAAAGCUCUCCAAGAAAAGUGCCGUGGGAAUGAUCUCCAAAGAGAACGAGGAGUACGUGGCAUUCAAAAACAACUGCGAUUGCAGUGGAAAGGUGGAAAUCUGGUUGAACCGAGUGACGGAUUCUAUGCGUGUUACACUGCACAACCUUUUCGAGCAAGCCGUGAUAGCCUACGAGGAGAAACCACGGGAUCAUUGGAUCUUCGACUGGCCAGCCCAACCGGCAUUGUGUGCGACUCAAAUCUGGUGGACUACUGAAGUGAACGUGGCGUUCGCUAGACUGGAGGAGGGAUACGAGAAUGCACUGAAGGAUUAUCAGAAGAAACAGAUCCUGCAGCUGAACGCACUGAUUGUGCUUCUGUGUGGUGACUUGAGUCAAGGAGAUCGACAGAAGAUCAUGACGAUUUGUACCAUUGACGUUCACUCGCGUGACGUCGUUGCCAAGAUGAUCCAGCAGAAGGUCGAAACGGGUCAAGCGUUCCAGUGGCAGAGUCAGCUGCGACACCGUUGGGACGAUCAGAUUGGGGACUGCUUCGCCAACAUUUGUGACGCCCAAUUUAGGUACGACUAUGAAUAUCUUGGGAACACUCCUCGGCUGGUGAUUACACCUUUAACGGACCGUUGCUAUAUCACAUUGACGCAAUCUCUUCAUCUGAUCAUGGGAGGUGCCCCCGCCGGACCGGCUGGUACUGGGAAAACGGAAACCACCAAGGAUUUGGGCCGGGCGCUGGGUAUCAUGGUGUACGUAUUUAACUGCUCGGAGCAGAUGGACUACAAAUCUUGCGGGAACAUUUACAAAGGUCUGUCGCAAACCGGUGCCUGGGGUUGUUUUGAUGAGUUCAAUCGAAUCUCGGUGGAGGUCCUGUCGGUGGUGGCCGUCCAGGUGAAAUCAAUCCAAGACGCAAUCAAGGGGGAACAGAGAUAUGCAACCCUUAGUGAUAUCAAGGGCAAGAAGGAGAAAUUCAAUUUUAUGGGCGAAAUCAUCUCGCUCAUCCCGACGGUGGGCAUCUUCAUCACGAUGAAUCCGGGCUACGCUGGCCGGACGGAGCUGCCGGAAAAUCUCAAAGCCCUGUUCAGGCCAUGUGCAAUGGUGGUGCCGGAUUUUGAGCUGAUUUGUGAAAUUAUGCUGGUGGCGGAAGGCUUCCAAGAGGCGCGCCUGCUGGCACGGAAAUUCAUCACGCUGUACACGCUGUGCAAGGAGCUACUGUCCAAGCAGGACCACUACGAUUGGGGCCUGCGGGCGAUCAAAUCGGUGUUGGUGGUGGCCGGCGCGUUGAAGAGAGGAGACAGAGAGCGUCCAGAGGACCAGGUUCUGAUGCGUGCACUGCGUGACUUUAACGUACCUAAGAUUGUAACCGAUGAUGUACCGGUCUUUAUGGGGCUCAUAGGGGAUCUCUUCCCGGCGUUGGACGUUCCCCGCAAGCGCUCUCCGGAGUUCGAGCGACUGAUCCGUAAGUCGGCAACCGAGCUGAAGCUCCAACCGGAGGAUAGCUUUAUCCUGAAAGUUGUUCAAUUGGAGGAAUUGUUUGCCGUGCGUCAUUCGGUCUUCAUUGUCGGAUUCGCUGGCACUGGUAAAACCCAAGUUUGGAAGACACUGUUCAGAACGUACCAAAACCAGAAAAGGAAACCCCAUUUCAAUGAUCUUGAUCCGAAGGCGGUUACCAAUGAUGAGUUGUUCGGCAUUAUCAAUCCAGCAACACGAGAGUGGAAGGAUGGUUUGUUCUCAGUAAUCAUGCGUGAUCAGGCCAACAUGGGCGGCACUGGACCCAAGUGGAUUGUUCUCGACGGAGACAUCGAUCCGAUGUGGAUUGAAAGCUUGAACACGGUCAUGGACGACAACAAGGUGUUGACGCUGGCAAGUAAUGAACGGAUUGCACUCACCAAAGAAAUGCGGCUUUUGUUUGAGAUCUCCAAUUUGAGAACGGCCACUCCAGCAACCGUAUCGCGGGCUGGUAUUCUCUAUAUAAAUCCACAGGAUCUUGGAUGGAACCCGUUUGUAGCAUCAUGGAUUGACUCCCGUGAAACGCAGGCCGAAAAAAGCAUCCUCUCGGUCCUGUUCGACAAAUACAUCCCUCCACUGAUCGACGCCCAGAAGCGAUUCAAGAAAAUCACUCCCAUCUCGGAGAUUGCGAUGAUCCAGAUGACCUGUCACCUACUGGACUGCCUUCUAACCCCUCAAAACCUGCCACCGGACAGUCCGAAAGAGUGGUACGAAAUAUACUACGUGUUCGCGGUCAUCUGGGGCUUCGGAUCAUCGAUGUUCCAGGAUCAGAUGGUCGACUGGCGCAAUGAGUUCCACAAGUGGUGGAUCAACGAGUUCAAAGCCAUUCGUUUCCCGCCGGGAGGAACUGUCUUUAACUACUACAUCGAUCCGGAAACAAAAAAGUUCAACCCGUGGACUGAUCUUGUACCGAGCUUCGAUCUGGACACAGAUAUACCCCUUCAAUCGACCCUAGUACCAACAGCGGAAACCACACGGCUGCGGUGGUUCAUGGACAUUCUCAUCGAAGCAAAACAUCCCGUAAUGCUCAUCGGUGGGGCGGGUUCCGGCAAAAGUGUCAUCGUCGCCGAUAAGCUGAACAAUCUCUCGUACAAUUAUGCCGUCACGAACGUACCGUUCAACUUCUAUACCACUUCGGAAAUGUUACAGCGCGUUCUGGAGAAACCAUUGGAGAAGAAAGCCGGCCGAAACUACGGCCCACCUGGAAGCAAAACCAUGGUCUACUUCGUCGACGAUAUGAACAUGCCCGAGGUUGAUACCUACGGCACUGUCCAGCCCCAUACCCUAAUCCGUCAGUUUAUGGACUACCGACAUUGGUACGACCGUACCAAACUAACCUUGAAAGACAUUCACAACUGUCAGUUCGUGUCCUGCAUGAACCCAACGGCCGGUUCGUUCACCAUUGAUCCCCGGCUGCAGCGGCACUUCUGCGUGUUCGCCGUGAGUUUCCCAGCAGGCGAUCCGCUCUACCACAUCUAUUACUCGAUCCUCUCGCAGCAUCUCGCAAAUCCGCUGAAUAAAUUCACCCUACCCACGCAGAAGAUUUGCGCCUCGUUGGUUUCCUGUGCGCUCACACUCCACCUCCGGAUGGGACAAACAUUCCUUCCGACGGCCAUCAAAUUCCACUACGUUUUCAAUCUACGUGAUCUCGCCAACAUUUUCCAGGGAAUGUUGUUUGCAAAUGGGGAAACCUGUCCGGACCCCAACUCCCUGAUCCGGCUGUGGGUUCACGAAGCAACCCGUGUCUACAGUGACAAGUUGGUGGAAGACCGCGAUAUCGAAACAUACCGCAAGCUACGUGCAGAUGUUGUGAAGAAAUCGUUCGAGGAGUUUGACGAGGGGAAGGUCUUUUCGUCACCCAUCAUCUAUUGCCACUUUGCGGAGGGUCUGGUUGAUCCCAAAUACAUGCCCGUGGCCAACUGGGAGAGCUUAAACAAGACCCUGGAGGAAGCCCAAGCAAAUUACAACGACAUGAUUGGAGCAAUGAAUUUGGUACUGUUUGAAGACGCGAUGAGUCAUGUGUGCAGGAUUAGUAGGAUCUUGGAAGGACCGAGGGGCAAUGCGUUACUUAUCGGGGUUGGAGGUUCCGGCAAACAGUCGCUCUCAAGAUUGGCCGCAUUUAUCUCAGGACUAGAGGUCUCGCAGAUUCAGCUCAGGAAAGGCUAUGGAAUCGCCGAUUUGAAGGCGGAUUUAGCGGUUCUGUACAUGAAAACAGGUGUCAAGAAUGUGCCGUGUAUGUUUCUGAUGACGGACGCUCAGGUUGCGGAAGAAGCUUUCCUGGUGUUAAUAAAUGAUUUACUUGCUUCCGGUGAAAUUCCUGAAUUAUUCCCGGAGGAUGAGAUCGAUAAUAUUGUGAACGCACUGCGGAAUGAGGUUAAGCAGUUGGGAAUGCUAGACACUAAAGAGAACUGCUGGAAGUAUUUCAUCGAUAAGGUACGUAAGUCGCUGAAGAUUGUACUCUGCUUUUCGCCGGUGGGAUCAACGCUGAGAAUUCGAGCGAGGAAGUUCCCUGCGCUGGUUAAUUGCACCGCGAUCAAUUGGUUCCAUGAGUGGCCCAAGACGGCGCUGGAAUCGGUGUCCAACAGAUUCCUUGCCUAUGUGGAUGUCAUGCCACGCGAGCUAGUCGAACCGGUAGCUGUGUUCAUGGCCUAUGUUCAUGGAACGGUGAACGAAAUGUCCCAAAUAUAUCUUCAAAACGAACGACGCUAUAAUUACACAACACCCAAAUCCUUCCUGGAGCUUAUUGCUUUAUAUUCGAAGUUUGUCAAGGCAAAGCACACCGAACUGAACGAUCGGGUCCAGCGUUUGGAGAGUGGUAUCCUCAAGUUGGCCGAAUGCGCGGAUCAGGUGGAUUCGCUGCAGGUUCAGCUGGUAGAGCAAGAAGUGGUUCUGAAGAAGAAGAACCAGGAAGCGGACAAGCUGAUCAAAGUGGUCGGUGCCGAAAACGAAAAGGUACAAAAGGAGAAGAACUUUGCGGCGGAAGAAGAGAAAAAAGUGCGAGUUAUUGAGGAAGAUGUCAGCGCAAAGGCCAAAAUUUGUGAGGAGGAUUUAAGAAAGGCCGAGCCAGCAUUACUGGCGGCUCAGGCAGCUCUCGAUACGCUGGAUAAGAACAACCUAACGGAGUUGAAAUCUUUUGGAUCCCCACCAGAGUUGGUGGUCAAGGUUUGUGCGGCGGUGCUUGUACUGUUUUCGCCCAAGGGAAGGAUACCGAAGGAUCGCAGCUGGAAAUCUUGCAAAUUAAUGAUGAACAAGGUGGACGUUUUUCUGAACGACUUGAUAUACUACGACAAGGAGCAUAUACAACCGGAUGUUAUCAAGGCAUUGCAGGAAUAUCUAAAGGACCCGGAUUUCGAUCCCGAGAAGAUCCGUUCCAAGUCGGCGGCAGCAGCUGGGUUGUGUGCUUGGGUCAUCAACAUUCACAAGUUCUAUCAGGUCUAUCAGGUGGUAGAGCCUAAGCAGCGAGCUCUGAACGAAGCUCAGGCCGAGCUGAAGGCGGCCCAGGACAAGCUGAUGGAUCUGACGAACAUGAUCAACGAGCUGGAGGAGCGACUGGGGGUGAUCCAAGCCGAAUUCAACGAUGCCCUCGCGGAGAAGCAAAAGUGUCAGGACGAGGCGGACAAAACAGCUUUCACGAUUGACCUCGCGCACCGUCUGGUGAACGGACUGGCCUCGGAAAAUGUACGCUGGCGGGAAUCGAUAGCGCUGCUGAAGAGCCAAACCGUGACUCUACCCGGCGAUGUGCUAUUGAUUGCCUGCUUUAUCAGCUAUGUCGGUUGCUUCACCAGACGGUACCGAGUCGAGCUGCAGGAGAACAUGUGGAUUCCGACGUUUCGGCUUUCUAAGCCGGCGAUCCCAUUCACCGAGGGCGUAGAUCCACUGAAUCUAAUCGUGGACGACGCCGUUAUCGCCUCGUGGAACAACGAGGGCCUCCCAUCGGACAGGAUGUCGUCAGAGAAUGCAGCUAUACUCACAUACUCAGCUCGCUGGCCGUUGAUGAUUGACCCUCAACUACAAGGAAUCAAAUGGAUCAAGCAAAAGUACGGCAAUGACUUGACAGUGCUACGACUCACCGCCAAGGGAUACCUGGACGUCAUCGAAAGAUGCGUUUCCAAUGGGAGUAUCCUGUUGAUCGAAAACAUCGGCGAAACUAUUGAUGCCGUUCUCGACCCUCUGUUGGGGCGAAUGUUGGUUAAAAAGGGCAAAUGUCUUCGGAUGGGUGAAAAAGAAAUCGACUACAACCCCAAUUUCCAGCUGAUAUUGCAGACCAAGCUCGCUAAUCCCCACUACAAACCAGAGAUGCAAGCGCAGACCACGUUGAUAAAUUUCACCGUGACGCGUGACGGUUUGGAAGAGCAGCUUCUUGCAGAAGUAGUCAAAGCCGAACGACCGGAUCUUGAACAGCAAAAAGCGGAUCUUACAAUGCAACAAAACACAUUCAAAAUAACGCUGAAAAUGCUUGAAGAUGACCUGCUAAGCCGACUCUCCUCGGCUGGUGAGAACGUAUUGGAAGACGCCAGCCUAGUGCUCAAUUUGGAGAAGACCAAGAAAACAGCCGCCGAGGUCGAGGUUAAGGUCCGCGAAGGUAAGAAGACCUCGGAGCAAAUUGACGUGGCUCGUGAAAGUUACCGACCAGCUGCGGAGCGGGCUUCGAUCCUGUACUUCAUCCUGAACGACCUCCACAAGAUCAAUCCCAUAUACCAGUUCUCACUGAAAGCAUUCACGAUUGUUUUCAAAGAUGCAAUCGCUGGAACGCCUUCGGCUGAGAAGCUCAAAGAUCGCGUAUUCAAUCUGAUCGAUUCGAUUACCUUUGCCGUCCACAUGUACACAAGUAGGGGCCUGUUUGAGAGGGACAAGCUGAUCUUCAUGGCGCAGAUGGCGAUUCAGAUAUUGCUUCAGGCGAAGGAGAUUGACCCAGCGGAAUUGGACUUCCUAUUGAGGUUCCCCUUCACGCCUAACUUGACAUCGCCAUUCGACUUCUUAACCAACGCGGGAUGGGGUGGUAUCAAGGCGUUGUCGAAUAUGGACGAGUUCAGGUCUCUGGACAAAGACAUCGAAGGUUCCGCUAAAAGAUGGCGAAAAUUGGUCGAAUCCGAAUGUCCGGAGCGAGAAAAAAUGCCCGGCGAAUGGAAGAACAAGAACGCUCUACAGAGGCUCUGUAUUGUGCGGUGUCUAAGGCCAGAUCGAAUGACCUACGCGGUGCGAGCGUUCGUGGAGGAAAAAUUGGGCGCAAAGUUUGUUGAGGCUCGCAUGGUCGAAUUUGAUAAAUCUUUCCAAGAAACCAGCUCGUCAACGCCAGUAUUCUUCAUCCUUUCACCGGGAGUCGAUCCUCUGAAGGACGUAGAAAAAUUGGGCAAAAAGAUGCGCUUUUCGACCGAUCACGGUAACUUCUACAACGUAUCGCUUGGUCAAGGCCAAGAGGUGGUUGCCGAGUCCGCUAUCGACGUUGCCUCGAAGGAAGGUCAUUGGGUUAUUCUCCAAAAUAUUCAUUUGGUGGCAAAAUGGCUCCCAACACUGGAGAAAAAAAUGGAAGCAACUUUGGAAGACUCUCACGAUAACUAUCGACUGUUCAUUAGCGCAGAACCGGCCAUGUCAGCAGAGUAUCACAUCAUCCCGCAGGGAAUCUUGGAAUCGGCUAUCAAAAUCACAAACGAGCCUCCGACCGGUAUGCUGGCUAACAUCCACAAAGCACUGGACAACUUCAACCAGGAAACACUGGAGAUGUGUGGCAAGGAGGCCGAGUUCAAAGCUAUUCUGUUCUCGCUAUGCUACUUCCACGCCGUGGUUGCGGAACGCAGAAAAUUCGGUCCUCAAGGCUGGAACCGGGUUUAUCCAUUCAACGUGGGAGACCUCACCAUCAGUGUCUACGUACUGUUCAAUUACUUGGAAGCUAACAACCGCGUACCGUGGGAGGAUCUGCGUUAUCUCUUCGGAGAAAUCAUGUACGGAGGUCACAUUACGGACGACUGGGAUCGACGCUUGUGUCGGACCUAUUUGGAGGAGUUGAUGCAACCCGAACUGGUGGAUGGAGAUCUCAAUCUUUGCGCUGGUUUUCCAGCUCCUCCGAACCUCGACUACGUUGGCUACCACAACUACAUCGAUGACAACCUACCGGUUGAAUCGCCUUAUCUGUACGGUCUCCAUCCGAAUGCAGAAAUCGGCUUUCUAACGACCCUCUCGGAGCAGCUGUUCAAAACAAUCUUCGAGCUUCAACCGCGAGAUUCUGGAGCCACUAGUGGUUCCACCGUGAGUCGUGAGGAUGUUGUCAAAACGACCAUCGAAGACUUCACGGACAAACUGCCCGAGGAAUUUAAUAUGGCCGAACUUAUGGCGCGGGUUGAAGAUCGAACCCCGUUCGUGAUUGUUGCCUUCCAGGAGUGUGAACGAAUGAAUAUUCUAGUGCGAGAGAUGAAACGAUCUCUUCGGGAGCUGAUGCUUGGUCUUAAGGGAGAACUCACCAUCACCUCGGACAUGGAAGACCUCGAGGCUUCGCUCUUUUUCGACCAUGUUCCCGAUAGCUGGACAAGGCGCGCCUACCCGUCGAUGUUCGGGUUGCAGUCUUGGUUCGCGGACCUUACGAUUCGGAUUAAGGAGCUCGAAGCAUGGUCCAACGAUUUCAAUCUGCCCUCUACCGUUUGGUUGGCCGGCUUCUUCAACCCGCAGAGUUUCCUGACGGCGAUUAUGCAACAGACCGCUCGGAAAAAUGAAUGGCCACUGGAUAAGAUGUGUUUGAGUUGCGACGUAACCAAGAAGUGGAAGGAGGAUAUCAGUGCGCCACCGCGAGAGGGUGCUUAUGUUACUGGGCUGUAUAUGGAAGGAGCUCGCUGGGACACAAACAUCGGGUCGAUCGCCAGCUCGCGAUUGAAGGAGUUGUUCCCCCAAAUGCCGGUUAUAUUUAUCAAGGCGAUUACCCAGGAUAAGCAGGAAACAAAAAAUAUUUACGAAUGUCCCGUUUAUAAGACAAGGGAUCGUGGACCCACCUACGUGUGGACGUUCAAUUUGAAAUCGAAAGAGAAGCCGGCUAAAUGGACUUUGGGAGGCGUUUGUUUAUUGCUUCAGGUUUAGCCUUAUCAUGUUUUGAUUGUUAGUGAUUUUUGCUGUGAAGAAUUAUAAAUUCGAAUUUGCUUGA